GCUCUGGCCUGGCGGAGGCCUAUCCGGCAGGACAGUUCCCAGUUCGCUCCGCUAAGCGAAGCAGGUGAGUUUAGGACGUCCUUACGGGCCACGGCGCAGGAGCAGCUGAGAUCCUGGCGGCCGCGCUGGACCUCUGCGACUGAGCGACCGGUCGCGUGGAAGAGUCAUGUCUGCGCACUCCUUGGUGCGCGCCCUGCGCAAGAACAAGACCCUUCGCUACGGAGUCCCUAUGUUUUUGCUGAUUAUUGGUGGUUCUUUUGGUCUUCGUGAGUUUUCACAAAUCCGUUAUGAUGCUGUCAAGAUUAAAGUUGAUCCUGAAUUAGAAAAAAAAUUGAAAAUGUCUAACGUAUCUUUGGAAUCAGAGUAUGAGAAAAUAAAGGACUCCACUUUUGAAGACUGGAAGAAUAUACGAGGACCCAGACCUUGGGAAGAUCCUGACCUCCUCCAGGGACGAAAUCCAGAAAUUCUGAAGACUAAAACAGCUUGACUGUGUUGAUUAUUUUAUUUUAAUUUUUAAAUAAAAAUGUUAACUGGAAUUCUCACUAUAGACGGCUGUUCACUAGGAAGAAAAUUUCAUUCCAACAGAAGCCUGACUAUGAGUUAUCUGAUGGCAAAUACUUUUAAUUUUAUCAGGUGUAAGUUUUUAUACUCCUUAUCUUCUCUCUGUAAAUAAAAGUGACCAUCUAGACUGCCAAUAUUUUAUUCUGGUCAAUAAACUGUGAAUAUUA